AUGUCGUGUGACAAGACUUUAAAAAGGAAAAGAGUGGUGCUAAGUCUCGACGACAAAUGUAAUAUUUUAACACGGAUGAGAAACGGUGAAUCGGGAUCUGCGUUAGCAAAGGAGUAUAACAUCGGAAAGUCAACAAUAUUCGGAUUAAAAUCAAACGAAGAUAAGAUUUUACGGUAUCGCGAAAAUAUACUCAUAAACAAUAGAAAUGCAACUAAGAAAAAAGUGAUGUCGGCUGCUGAGAAUCGUAAUUUGGAUAGUGCAAUUUUCCGAUGGUUCUCGCAACAGCGUGUCAUAGGGACACCCAUCAGCGGUCCAAUUUUAUGCGAAAAAGCAUUGCAGUUGAAUUCAAAGAUGGGAGGCAAUGACAAUUUCAGGGCCAGUAAUGGGUGGCUGGAAAAUUUUAAAAAACGCCAUGGGAUACGAUUAUUGAAUAUUCAAGGGGGAAAGCUCUCAGCGGACAUGGAAGCUGCUGAAAUAUUUAAGAAAUUUUUAUCAGACUUCAUAGGAGAGCAUAAAUAUUCGGAAGACUGUCUAUACAAUGCCGAUGAAACUGGCUUGUACUGGAGAUCAUUGCCCCGAAAAUCACUUGCUUCAAGUGCAGAAACUACCGCACCUGGUCAUAAGAUUUCAAAAGAUCGGGUGACAAUUAUGUUCCACGGGAACACAUAA